UUGCCUGGGCAACUGUAAUCUAACGUAACUUCCGUUUAUUUAAAAAAAACCUACACACAAGAUUCACCGUCUUCCCAAUUGAAGGGUUAUUAACCGGGGGGCUGAAUGAAAGUUAAUAUCGUUGUUUGUUGUCAGUCACGCAACGGUUCGAUAAGUCAGGAGGUAGGUGAAGAAGAAGGGCUUUUGGAACAUGGAACUUGAGACAAUGGCAGAGUCGGUGCGCUCGAGCCGGUCGAACGGGACACCGAGCCGUCACGAGAAAAGUUUGGGGCUCCUCACCAUCAAGUUCGUCACUCUGCUCCAGGAGGCGAAGGACGGCGUGCUUGAUUUAAAACUGGCUGCAGAUAGCCUGGCUGUGAGACAGAAGAGGAGGAUAUAUGACAUCACCAACGUGCUGGAAGGCGUGGGGCUGAUUGAGAAGAAAACCAAGAAUAUCAUCCAAUGGAGGGGGGAGAACAUGGGCAGCCAGAGCGAGGAAGUGCUGGAGCAGGUGGAGAUACUGAAGGCUGAAAUCUCAGAGCUGGAGGCCCAGGAGAGACAGCUGGACGAGAGGAAGGCCUGGCUGGAGCAGAGCAUCAAACACCUCUGCCACGACCCAAUCACAUGCUCGCAUAAGUACGUGACCCAUGACGACAUCUGCAAUGCCUUCCACGGGGACACUCUCCUGGCGGUGGUGGCUCCCUCAGGGACCCAGCUGGAGGUGCCGCUUCCUGAGUUGGGCCCCAGCGGCCAGAAGAGGUACCAGGUGACCCUGCGCAGCCAGACGGCCCCCAUCCAGGUGCUGCUCAUCAACAGGGAGACGCCCUCCUCCCAGCCCGUGGUGUUCUCCGUUCCCCCGGGCGACGACGCCUCCACACUGCCCACCCCGCCCAACACCCCCGCCACCCUGCAGCGCUUUCCCCUGAACUCCUCCUCCUCCUGCUCCUCGUACGUCUCCUCCCACUACUCCUCCGGCUGCAGCCCGGACUCGCUGUUCGCCGGCCAACCCCACCACCACCACCAGAUGGCGCCGCAGGGCUAUUCACUCAGCCCCUCGUCCACCCCUCCCGACGUACAGAUGGAGUGCCACGGCCAGCCGGUGACUCUGCUGAUGCAGCAGAUGGUGUCGGGGCAGCCCCUCAGCAGCCUAGUGGUCCAUGACUUCCACUCCAUGCUGGACGUCAGCUGCCUGCUGAGGCACAGCGGGACCGGAGAGCCCCAGAAGGAGGAGGAGAGGGAAGGUGUGGCUGACCUCAUUGACGAGCUGAUGUCCACUGAUGGAGUGGACUACAACUUCAACUUGGACGACAACGAAGGAGUGUGCGACCUCUUUGACGUUCAGAUCCUUAACUACUGACAGUGUCAGUCCGCUCAAUUUAUACAAGCUACAGUCACUGUACAAAACUGUUCUCUUUUCACGAGCCGCCCAUGGCUCAUUGAUUUUUGUUCGUUACUUUUUUUUCUCCAUUGUUGCACUGCCACUUCCCCUAAACUAAAAAUGAGCCAUCCUAUAAGUAGACUUACCCUUAAAUAGAAAUGAACCUACAAGAGGUUCUGUUUACUGAAACGGCCUGAGUCCCUCUGCCAAAAUAUGAAGAGAUGAACGAGGCGUGCGGCAACGUUGAGCCUGAAGUCACAACGACGGCAGCAAUCUUGCUACGGUUUGUUUUGUUUUGCUUUCUUAUUUUUUUUUACUAAACGGGGAACUUGUAAGGGAAAGGGUAAGUGAGGAUGCCAAAUUAGCAUCCAGCGUGUGGUUUACAGGGGCACAUCAGAAACCUUGAAGUAGCUACUAAGGUUGGCUCUUAGUUAACCAGUGGAAGCCCAUCACGACCCCUGCACUUGUAACAUAUAUUUUUUCAUUCCAUUGCCUUGCGGCGCAUGAUUCAGUGUCAGGCCUGUGACAGUGUUUUCAUUGUCUUGAUACCUUUUUACAGAAGUAAUGGGACUCACUUGUGGCUGUUCAGUAUUGAAAUGAAUGGUAUUUAUUUAACAAUAUGUUAUACAGGGUUAUGGUCUAAAGUACAGGGUAUCGUUGAUGACAUUCUUUUAGACAAAUCUAUCCGUCAGAACUAGUUCUGAUCGGAUAGGUUAUUUUGUUGUAUUUAUCAAUGUUUCGGUUGUGUUUCUAUCCUUGAUAUAAUGUUGGAAUGCCAGAUCUAAUUAUACUGCUUUGCUUUGUAAUGCAACUUGCCAAUGAGGGCUUCCAAGUUUUUGUAUUAACUAUUCAUAGUUUGUAUUGAAUAUGUUCAAUAUUUGUUCGUAUUAAUUUAAGACUAAACUGAUUUUGGUUGUAGUUCGUCAAAGCCUAAAUGACUGCCUAAUUUAAAAUAAAUAAUAUGCCUAGUCUCUAUUAA